CCAGAUUUGCAUCCGUCUGAACUCUAUCACAAACUCAAAACUCUACAAGCCCAAGCCCAAACUCACCGCCGCCCCGCUCUUGUCUUCCCCAAACCACCAGAUCACCAGACCACCCCCUCAUCUCGCUCUCAACCAACAUUCGUCGUGCCGCUCAUCUUGCCCACACCGGUACCCAUGUUUUCUUCUUAAGUUAAAUUUGGAGGUUGUAGAGAAAAAAAGAAAUCAGCCUAGUGUGCGGUUAAAUUCGAAAGUUCAUGAAAUUAUGUGGCUACACCUUCUUCGGCCUGGUAAUUAUAGGACUAUUGAGACUGUUGCUGCUCAUGUUGCCCGUAAUGCCCCAUUGCUUCAUAAUUUAAUCUCCUCCUCAUCCUCUCUUUACCAACCACACUUAAAUGUGCACAAUGAAUCAAAAACUUUGAUAACCAAUAUAAAUCAUAAGCAGUGUGAAGAUCAACCAGAUUUCUCAAUUGGGUCUCCAUGUAGGGUCCAGAAACUCAUUGCAUCCCAGUCGGAUCCUCUUCUUGCCAAGGAAAUUUUCGACUAUGCUUGUCGUCAACCCCAUUUUCGACCAUCAUCUUCCUCUCUCCUCGUUCUUAUCCUCAAGCUAGGCCGUUCCAAAUACUUCUCUCUGAUUGAUGAUCUUCUUCUUAGCUUCAAGUCUAGAGGUUACCCUGUCACUCCAACAGCCUUCUCCUACAUAAUCAAAAUCUAUGGUGAAGCUGAUUUACCAGAUAAAGCUCUUAAAGUCUUUUAUACUAUGAUCGAGUUUGGGUGUACGCCUUCAUCCAAACAAUUGAACCGCAUACUAGAAAUUUUGGUUUCUCAUCGUAACUUCAUUCGACCAGCUUUUGAUCUUUUCAAGAAUGCCCGGCAUCAUGGAGUGUUGCCCAACACCAAGUCUUACAACAUUCUUAUUCGUGCAUUCUGUUGGAAUGGAAAUAUUAGUAUUGCCUACAAACUGUUCAACAAAAUGUUCGAAGGAGAUGUCAUUCCAGAUGUCGAGACGUAUCGGACAUUAAUGCAGGGUCUGUGCAGGAAGAAUCAAGUGAAUGGUGCUGUUGACUUGCUUGAAGAUAUGUUGAACAAAGGAUACAUUCCAGACACGUUGAGCUAUGCCACUUUGUUAAAUAGUUUAUGUAGGAAGAAAAAGCUAAAGGAAGCUUAUAAACUUCUCUGUAGAAUGAAGGUUAAAGGUUGCAAUCCUGAUAUUGCUCAUUACAAUACAGUUAUAAUGGGAUUUUGCAGAGAAGGGCGUGCUCUUGAUGCUUGUAAGAUUCUGGAGGAUAUGCAAUCAAAUGGUUGUUUGCCUAAUUUAGUUUCUUACGAGAGUUUGACUAAUGGAUUAUGUGAUCAAGGAAUGUUUGAAUUGGCAAAGGGUUAUGUUGAGGAGAUGACAUUAAAGGGUUUUUACCCACAUUUCUCUGUCAUUCAUGCUUUGGUUAAGGGUUUCCAUAACGUUGGCAGAAUGGACGAGUCAUGUAGUGUUCUUGAAGGCAUGCUAAAGCAUGGGAAAGCCCCUCAUUCCGAUACUUGGGAGAUUAUUAUAUCUGGGAUUUGUGAAGUUGAGGACACUGUCAAAUUUUGUGAAAUCUUAGAGAAGAUUUUGAAGAAAGAUGUAAGAAGAGACACUAGAAUAGUUGAAGCAGGCACUGGUUUGGGUGAGUAUUUAAUUAGGAAGUUACAAGCUUCCAAAUCACGAAGGAUUUGAAUCUUAGUUCACCUAGUUUGCAAGAGUAUUCAAAUUUUUAGUCUCUUGGUUGAGAUAUACGCCACAAUCAAUUGAUUUGUAGCUCAAGUUGCACAAACGGCUUGAAUUUUCAUUGUACAUGCUUGAUUGAGUUUUUGGAUAUCUUCCAUCCUAUUUACAACAUAAUCAGGUCCUUUUUUAUAA